AUGGACGUGUGGGGUGGUGAGAAGGGUCGGGCCGUUGGAGUGUGUCUGCUGGUGGCAUGUAAUGGGGCAAAGGGGAAAACGAUUGAAGCGGAAGCUUCGAGGGAUCCAUGCAGGAGAGGACGACAGUCUGUCCAAGUGGGCCUGCACAAGACAGACGGUACUGUCGCACGAGGAGGAGGAGAGAGUGAUCGGAGUGGCUUUGUCGCCGAGGCGACGGCAAGACUGUUUUUUGUCGUCGAGAGGAAUGCGUCUUCGUCUUGUGAUGGGAUCCAGCCUCGAGUGUCUUCAUUGCACUCGAACUGCUCAACUCGAAAGAGCGGCGAAUCGAAGAGGAACGCUGAGCACUCACCGACCAUCACGAUUGGCUGGAAGGUGGGUCAACUGGCAAGAAUGAGUCACACAUCAGCCGACCUGCUUCGGGCGGGCUGUCCAACAGCGUCGACGACGUAG